CCUGCGGACCGCGCGCCCCCGCUCGGCCCCCUCCUCGCAGCCGCCGCCGCGAGCCGCCCGGGGCGGGUCCCCCACCACCAUGCGGGGCGAGCUGUGGCUCCUGGUGCUGGCGCUCAGGGAGGCGGCCCAGGCGCUGAGCCUCCAGCCCGCGGCAGGUCACAAUGAAGGCCGAGGCUCUGGAUGGGCUGCCAAAGGGACCACACAGGGCUGGAAUCAGAGAGUGCGAGAAAGGCAGGUGUCGGAGCCGAACAGGACCCAGCUGAGCCAGGACUUGGGUGGGGGCACCCUGGCUAUCGACACACUGCCGGAUAACAGGACCAGGGUGGUGGAGGACAACCACAGCUACUAUAUAUCCCGUGUCUACGGCCCCAGUGAGCCCCGCAGUCGGGAACUGUGGGUGAAUGUGGGUGAGGCCAACCAGAACCAAGUGAAGGUCCACAGGAUCCUUUCCAAUACCCACCGGCAGGCCUCAAGAGUGGUGAUGUCCUUCGAUUUCCCUUUCUAUGGGCAUCCUCUGCGGCAGAUCACUAUAGCAACUGGAGGCUUCAUCUUCAUGGGCGACGUGAUCCACCGGAUGCUCACAGCUACCCAGUACGUGGCCCCCCUGAUGGCCAACUUCAACCCGGGCUACUCCGACAAUUCCACAGUGUCUUACUUUGACAAUGGGACAGUCUUUGUCGUUCAGUGGGACCACGUCUACCUCCAAGGCCGAGAGGACCGGGGCAGCUUCACCUUCCAGGCCGCUCUGCACCGUGAUGGCCGCAUUGUCUUCGGCUACAAAGAGAUCCCCAUGUCCGUCCUGGAGAUCAGCUCCUCCCAGCACCCCGUCAAAGCAGGCCUGUCAGAUGCCUUCAUGAUUGUCAACCCAUCCCUGGACGUGCCAGAGUCUCGGCGAAGGACGAUCUUUGAAUACCACCGGGUGGAGCUGGACUCCAGCAAGAUCACCAGCACGUCGGCCGUGGAGUUCACCCCAUUGCCAACUUGCCUGCAGCAUCGGAGCUGUGACACCUGCAUGUCCUCGGACCUGACCUUCAACUGCAGCUGGUGCCAUGUCCUGCAGAGGUGCUCCAGUGGUUUCGACCGCUAUCGCCAGGAAUGGCUGGCCUAUGGCUGUGCCCAGGAGGCAGAGGGCAGUACGUGCGAGGACUUCCAGGAUGAGGACCACUACUCGGCCUCCCCUGACAGCUCCUUUGGCCCCUUGGACGGCGACCUCACCACCACUUCCUCCUCCCUCUUCAUUGACAGCCUUACCACUGAAGAUGACACCAAGUUGAGCCCUUACGCAGGAGAUGGUCUCCAGGACAACCUGUCCCCAAAGACAAAGGGCCCCCCUGUGCACCUGGGCACCAUCGUGGGCAUCGUGCUGGCCAUCCUUCUGGUGGCAGCCAUCAUCCUGGCUGGUAUUUACAUUAAUGGCCACCCCAACUCUAAUGCUGCGCUGUUCUUCAUUGAGCGGAGACCUCACCACUGGCCAGCCAUGAAGUUCCGCAACCACCCCAACCACUCUACCUACACUGAGGUGGAGCCCUCGGGCCAUGAGAAGGAGGGCUUUGUGGAGGCCGAGCAGUGCUGAGGCCAGGCAAGAAAACCCAGGAUGGCCAUAAAAGAUGCGCUGUGCAAAGAGAAGAAGUAACUUUUGCAGGCCUUCUCCAAGCACCUGGGCCCAGAAGAGGAGAUGGGUGGCUUGUGGUGCUGGGGCCGCAGUUUAGCCCACAGCCCAGCUAAAGAGGGGGCAGCACAGCAACCAUGGGGGGGUUUAAAGGAACAAUCACCUAAUCUCAUCCUGUUUAAUAAGAGGGGUCUCCCCUUGGUUCUCUCAAUGAUCUACUCUCUAGUUGUCCCAGACCUACCUCCCCACUGGAGGUGGCCUCAUGACCUUCCGGCCUCUUGAGGCUCCUGUGUAGAUCACAGGCUCACUAAAAAGCCUGGGGCAGGACUGCUGCGUUCCAGGGCCUAGACUCAAGAGCUGGUCCUCCUGGCUCUGGAGGCAGCGCACUUAGCCCCAGCUUCUGUGGCUCUGGAAGCCAAAGAAGGGGUUCUCUCCAUCUGUGAAGAUCUAAGCCCUUAGGACAUGUCAUCAUGGGAGAGAAGCCAAGUAAGAGGAAAGGAAGAAGGGGCUGGGGCUGGGGCUCAGCGGCAGAGUGCUCAUCUAGUGCGCGCGAGGCUCUGGGUUUGAUCCUCAGCACCACAUAAAAAUAAAUAGAAAAAAUAAAGGUACUGUGUCCAACUACAACUAAAAAUAAUUAUUUAUAAAAAAAAAAGAGAGAGAGAGGAAAAAGACGCAGCUGUGGGGAAAUCUGCAUUUCAGACUUGGCUCCCUUCCCAGGACUUGUGCAUCUGAGCAAGCGCAACCUACAGCCAAGCUUUGCGCCCAGGUUCCACCUGGCGGGCUGAGCCCUGGGUAGCCCACGCCCCAUGUGGGGCUCCUUUUCCCAUCAGUAUGUCUGGUGCCCAUUUUAUCCACUGGCCUGUACUGCGGUCGGUGCCAGUAAGUACCUCUAAAGGCAGAGCUUGCUUAGUUCAUAUUUUUCUUUCUCUGAACUGGAUUUCUAUAGCCAUUAGGGACAAACGGGGGAACUUGAGGAUUCCUUGACACCCACCCAGCCGGGGGGAUCUUCUGUUGGCAUCCUGUUGAGCAGCAAAGCUGCAGGGCAGGUGAGAUAGAGGAAGCCAGCACCAGAGGGAGAAUUUUCUACCUAAGACCUUGACCUGGAAAUGUCCCACCAUCUCCCUUGCUCUGCAAGAAGUUUUGGGGGCAGGGAGUGCAGACUCCCAAACUCAGCCUGAUUUCAGGGACUUCUGUCCCUGAGAGGAGCCAGGGCUGCUUCUGAAGGGCACUGGAAAUUAAAAUCUAGAGCUCACCCUCAUUCUAAGUGGAAAAAAAAAAAUAAAAAAGACAAAUAAAUGUUAAGUCACAGUAUCCAGUUAGUCACCCCCUUUGUGCCGGUCACUGGGAGGCUGCAAAGGAAGAGUUAGAGCAUCUGGCAAUUCAGUGUGUGUGUGUGUGUGUGUGUGUGUGUGUGUGUUUUGGAGGGGUGGGGGUAGGCAGUGCAAAUAGCCAGACGCAUGGGAAGCCUUGACGGAUGGUUUUCUAGCUGCUUCACGGUUUAUCUGCAGUCAGGACUUUAAAGACAACCAGAGUGGAAGCCCACUGGUCCUCUGUCCUGCUUCACUAAUAGGAGAAGAAAGGGCUGGGAGAGGGGGUAGGGGAAGGGGAAUCCGCAUUUGAGAAAGAAAAACGACAAUGCAGCAGAGAAGAGUUCUUUGCAAACUUCAGAAGACAGAAAGAUGGGUAAUGCUCUCCCAACAGUGGCCUGCACCCAGACCUCCGGCCGUCUUGGCUCAGACUCAGUAGCAAAGCAUCUGUGAUGGCCAUGCCUAAAAUGUCCAGCAGGAAGCUCCUGCUGUGGCCUACGGCAGUGGGCAGCACCAUUUGCCCCACUCCCAAACUCCAGCACAGUUUUUCCCAGUGUUCACUCACCCAUUCUGGAUUCCUGAAGGGAAAGAAUGUUGACAGUGGAAAAGGGGCCCGGUGACCGGGAGACCUCUGCCCCUAGCCACUGCCGGUGGAGAAGGGAUGCCUUGGCCCUGGCCACAGAAACCUGGAUGACCCCUGGAGUGUCAGUGGCGAGGGCAGUGGAGCUGUUAAAACCAAAGAUGAGGGCUGGGGCUGGGGCUCACUUGGCAGAGCGUUUGCCUAGCAUGUGUGAGGCACUGGGUUCGAUCCUCAGCACCACAUAGAAAAAAUAAAUAAA